AUGGCAUGUUUGGCGUUUCUAGUGAGUUUGAACCUAUAUUAUUAUUUGUGGGUUUGCUAUGUUGAAGUCGAUGUUGAUACCUUAUUUUGCCCAGGACAAAUUUAGCCAGGUAUUUGGGUCAAUUUUCAUUUAAUUGAGCAAUAUAGUGAAUGAGUAGAAGGUUUAGAGUUUGAAGGGAGAUUUUACCUUCUCUUGGACAUUUAUUUCACAAAUUGUCUUCAAAGGUACAAUUUUAAGGGUGGGGUAUAUUUUUAUCAAAUUAAGGAGCGUUUUUACAAGUUGAUCUAUAAAAUGGAAGUUAUGCUCUCACCCUAUAACAAGUGGGGGAGAACUUGGAGCCACAAGGAAGAAACACAUUGAGGAGGAGUAUACGUGUCCCGUCAAGGCACCGGACUCCUUACUCGUUAGUCAUUGCGAGUCUCCUGUUCUUUUCUCUCUUCAAAUUCUGUAUCUUCUUCUGCAUUUCUGUGGCGAGAUUUCUGAUUAGAUACACCGUACCCCUUCAUCUUCUUCUAUUGUCGGCCCUCGUCUCUGUUUAGAGUCUUGUUCUCUUUUUCACUGUAAUCAGUUGAGAUGAACUGCUGUGCCAACUGGAGCACUGACAACCAUCUCCUCCCCUGUGAUCACAACAUCUCCAUCACAAGCUUCACUAUUACGACGAUCUGUACCCCAAUGAUUAUUAUCUACUAGCAGCUUUCAUUUGCUGCAUUCUCUGUAGCAACAGAGAGGCAAUAAUCACUCUCCCUUCACUUGGGUCGGACAUAUCAAUAUCAGCCUGCUUCAGCAAAUGUCUAUGCUUAAGUGCUAUAGUCUCUGCUUGAGAGACUCUGCUUAUCAGCUUCCUCAUCAUUAUGGAGUUAAUAAUUACAGGAGGAGAAAUGUGAAGUUGAGAUUUCCACAGGCAGCAGUAAUCCCAAAUUCUCAUCUCCCAAUGCGUAGUUUUGAGGUUAAAAACAGGACAUGUGUGGAGGAUAUAAAGUCUCUCAGGCUAAUUACAGCAAUCAAAACCCCAUACCUACCGGAUGGCAGAUUUGACCUCGAAGCUUAUGAUGCCUUGGUGAAUCUGCAGAUCAUAAAUGGUGCUGAAGGUGUGAUUGUAGGUGGCACAACUGGUGAAGGCCACUUGAUGAGCUGGGAUGAACACAUAAUGCUUAUUGGCCACACAGUCAACUGUUUUGGUGGAUCAAUAAAGGUAAUAGGAAACACUGGAAGCAACUCGACUAGGGAAGCGAUCCAUGCUACGGAGCAGGGUUUUGCUGUUGGAAUGCAUGCUGCACUUCAUAUCAAUCCGUACUAUGGAAAAACAUCCUUAGAAGGCUUGGUUUCUCACUUUGAGAGUGUGCUCUCUAUGGGCCCCACGAUUAUUUACAAUGUACCAUCACGGACCAGCCAAGAUAUUCACCCACGUGUUAUUCACACUCUGGCUUCCAGUGCUAACAUGGCAGGUCUUAAAGAAUGUGUGGGAAACGACAGGAUAAAGCAAUAUACAGAUAAUGGUGUUGUGGUCUGGAGCGGAAAUGAUGAUCAAUGCCAUGAUGCAAGGUGGGAUUAUGGAGCAUCUGGAGUGAUAUCAGUUGCUAGCAAUCUGGUUCCUGGUUUAAUGAGAAAACUCAUGUUUGGAGGGAAGAACCCUUCCCUUAAUUUGAGGCUCAUGCCUCUGAUUGACUGGCUUUUUCAGGAGCCAAACCCAAUUGCCUUAAAUACUGCUCUUUCUCAACUUGGGCUUGUUAGGCCAGUUUUCCGGCUGCCUUAUGUACCUCUUCCUCUAGCAAAGAGGGAAGAAUUUGUGAAAAUGGUGAAGAACAUUGGGAGGGAGAAUUUUGUUGGAGAAAAAGAUGUUGAGGUUCUUGAUGAUGAUGACUUCAUCCUGGUGGGACGGUACUAGUUAGCGGGCUUGCGCAAGGAAGACUUUGUUGCCAACAAAAUACAACUACAAAGGGACACUGCAGAGCUACUGAUAAUCCUUUGGUCGUUUUGCAAUAAAGCUGGAGGGUCGAACUUGCCAAUUUGGUAAAUGUAUUAUGUUGGCUCCUACCAGUUGUACUCAUAAUCUCUGCAAACUCUAUUUUUUUUUUUUGGUUUCUCUUUUGAGAUAGUAGGUAUGUGAGAUUUUUAAUUUUUGUUGGUGCCUUUUAUGCAUUAAUGAGUUAGGAGUUUGGAUGGCGAUUAAUUUUGUCAAGGCUCCUAUCCAACAGUUUUUCUCUUCAAUGCUCAACUCCCCUUCUCCCUUUCUGAUGUCAA